AUGACCACCGAAACUCAGGCGAGUCCAGAGAUCAUCGAAGUUGACAUCGAUGCAGAGGACUCUGCUACAAUCUUUGGCGAACAUCUCGUCAACAGCAUCCUCGAACAUGAACCUCUGGAUACUAUAAAACAAAUUCUAGAGUCGGGUGCUCCAGUCUGGUACUCCAGCCAAGCCGAGGGGACUUCUGCUCUCCAUGCCGCUGCCUACACUCGAAACCCUGAACUCGCUCGUAUCCUGAUUGAAAAAGGCGCGAUUUGGAACGCUGUCGAUCAUCUGGGAAUCACAGCGGGAGAAAUUGCCCUCUCGCAAAACGAUACAGAAACCUAUACCAUCAUCCGCGAUGCUGGAAUUCGCGCAGAACUCCUCCUCAACCUUCUUUCUUCAAAAGCCCUGAAAGCGGGCAAAACCACCGACGCCAACCAACUCGAAGCAGAUAACUUGCUCUUGCGUGAGGAAGAUUUGACGGCGGCAGGCUCGACGGAGACGUUCUUGUCUUCCAAGUUGACGUAUUCGGUGGACAAGUAUGGGCAGAAGGUGUGUACUGUGCAGGCUGGGGAUGAUGAGGUCGGUGUUAUGAUGGGCUGGGAGAAGGGGAUUAUGGAGGAGACUGUGAAGAAGUUGUGUGAUGGGCACCCGAAUUCCAAGGAAUUAAGGGUAUUGAAUGUGGGAUUUGGAUUGGGGAUUAUCGACGAGCUCUUUCAAUCGCUACCUACACGUCCAGAGCACCACGUUAUCAUCGAGCCUCACCCUGACGUGCUGAAGCAUAUGAAAGAGACAGGGUGGUAUGAAAAACCAGGUGUCAAGAUCCUGGAGGGCAAAUGGCAGGACUAUAUCGAAAGCGAGGAGUUGCUGGCUUUUGGAGGGUUCGACGUCGUUUACACGGAUACCUUCUCGGAGGACUACGCCACUCUUAGACUGUUCUUUGAACACCUCCCUAAUAUCCUCGCGGGACCUGAAUCGAGGUUUAGUUUCUUCCACGGGUUGGGAGCGACGAAUGCUUUGUUCUACGACGUGUAUACACAUAUAUCGGAGAUGCAUUUGUUGGAGGUGGGGUUGAAGGUAGAGUGGUCGGAUGUGGAUGUGGUAGGCGACGAGGAGGAAGAUCGGUGGGGUGAGAGUCGCGAAUAUUUCAAGGUACCUUUGUACCGAUUGCCCGUUGCUUCUAUGGCGCCUGUAUCAUAA